GUGAUAAUAAAAGUUUGAAGUACUUUAAAAAGGCUGAGAACGCUUAUUAACUAUAAAACAUAGAUAUCAACUCUAAAUUGUUGCGAAUAUUCAUUUUUUUCUCACUUAAGCAAUAUGAAGGAAGAGGGUGGUAAGGAGGAUUUAGCUGAUCCAGUUGGCUUUUUAAAGGAUUUUGCUGCUGGUGGCAUAUCUGCAGCUAUAUCCAAAACGGUUGUGGCGCCAAUCGAGCGUGUAAAACUGUUGCUGCAAGUGCAAGCAAUUUCUAAGCAGAUAAAACCUGAAGAUAAAUAUAAAGGAAUUGUAGAUUGCUUUAUACGAAUCCCUAAAGAACAAGGCGUGGCGUCUUUUUGGCGUGGUAAUCUUGCCAACGUCCUAAGAUAUUUCCCAACACAAGCACUAAAUUUUGCUUUCAAGGAUAAAUAUCAGCAGUGUUGCUUACAUUUAUGGCAUCUCGAUCCGAGUAGAUCAAGCACGUGUCGUCUGCGUAAAGCGCCAUUGACGUGGGACUUAAAGUGGGGAUGUCUGCCGUGUAUACGUUAA